CGGUGGCUUCAGUUUUUCGCGGAGUCGCAAAAAGCAACAUGGCAACGAGGUGAUAGGAGCCGACGCGCGGCCUCGCAAACUCCACAGAUCGGGCAGCAACAUUCUCCGCGUCGCAUCGUCGGGCGGGGAAACCGAAAUGCGAUCGGUCCAAACUUUAUUGCAACCAUCGGCAACGCUAUGGCUUACGUCUCGGAGCUCGGACUGUGGGCCGGAUUACUUCUCCUGCUCGGAUUUUCAACUUGGACAAACGCUCUUGUGAAGACCAAUGGGAGCGAGGCUGCGCAGCAGACGGCGCAUUCGACGGCGCAGCAGAAGGUUGCCUCUCUGGUUGUGGGACUGAGCCGCGCCAGCGAGAGCUACGCCGAGAUCGCCUGGAGGCUAGAACCCGGAAGCGCUGGCAAAGAACGCUUAGGCGACGACGACGAAGACCCGGCGUCCCGACUGUCGGCGUGCGAGCUGGCGUACGGGCCUCUGGAGGACCCGUACCAGGUGGAGGUCAUGUCCAACUUCAUGCCCCGCGGCCCAACCUUCAUCGUGAGUGGCCUGCGGCACAACACCACGUACCACUUCCACAUGAUCUGCUACUGCUGCCUCACCGACGGCGCGGCGCCAGAUUCCGGCGGCAACACCACGGCGAGCACCGAGACCAAGAUCACAUCCAACGUGCUCAGGUUCACCACAGGUGUUUACGUCGGGGGCGACCACCACCACCAGCAUUCGUGGCCCUCUCAGCAGCAGCCGCAGUCCGACUCUCGAAGCGGCAGCGAGUGGCGUCAGCGGGACCCUUACCAGGGCUCGUACCACUCGGUCUACAAGCAGACCAUCCUGCGCGACGAAGAGAGCAGCAGUCGCGCCGUGCCUUCCUUCAACGUGCUCCUGGGAGCGCUCACCGGCAUCGUCGGCUUCCUCAUCAUCAACGUCACCGUCGUGAUCGCCGUGCGCCGUUGUUCGCAUCGGCGCAUGCGCAGGAGGAGGAUCCUCGUGCUAGAGGAUCGAGACAACGAGGACUUCCCAUAUCUUCGCCCGCUUGAGUGAAGCGCGCGCUUCGAUUGGUCACCGGAAGCGUCUUUGUGGUCUCCGAACCGCGACGGUCGUCUCUUCGCGGGGCAACUCCCGCCCGGCAACCGCUGACGAAACGAAGAAACCCAGCAUCUAUAUCAGCGUCUGGACGCAUCGCAGAAGCAUAUCACAACGCGUUAGUUUCUCCCCGUUGGACUUUUCUUGCGGAGAGCGCUAUGCACCCACCGUUUGGUCCCGGCUGUGUACGAUCGUGUGUGACCUCAUGUUGACCUGUGUGUGUCUCGCGUAGUGUCGUUAAGGGCCGUUCCACGCGCUUCCCGCACAGCCGCAACGCAC